GCGGGGGGUGAAAUGUGUGGAGAGCGGACCCAGAACGUUCCGUACACACACACACGGUCCACACCGACUGGACACACAGGGUUUUCGGUCACAUUCACAGAUCCACGACGUGGGAACCGUCGAGUGGAAGCCGUCUCGAGCGCGCCCACGGUGGCCUUUAACACCCGGAGCAGAACCAGUCCCAGGAGGUGAAGAUCUCAUCCACCAGUGACAGGACUAUUUUCUGCUGGUGUUGGGGCCUGUUUUUCUCACCAGCUCUUACAUUUUCUCGUCCAUCUGUCGGGGCGUUCAUAGCCAAGGCUGUUUCAUAAGCAAUGACCGCUCAGAGUCUGCAGGACUUUAGGAUUUCUAAAGUAACUCAGCACGUGUGGUUGUUUGGAACAGACGGGCUGAAGAUGAGUUCAUGCCUAGAAGGUGUUAAUUCCACAGAUUUUUUCUCUCGGAGAACCGAUGGAUUUGUGGCCUUAGUAGUUUUCACUGGCAGCCAGUCAGCUAUGAUCCACCUGUGGAUACACAGUCCCCUUAAACCCCAGCAGGGUUUUUGGUUCGUUUGCCUCAAGCUGAUCUUAUCCAGCCUCAUCCUACUCUAGUAUGAGUUAUGACAGCUCUAAACCCACGCCCAGCAGCAGCAGCGCCAGGGCCCGAGCGACCAGGGCCCGCCGACAAAGACGGUGAGCGGGAACCCAGGACCAGAGCUUAGACUCUGCUGGUACCGGCGCCGAUCGGCCUGGCGCCGAUGACGCCGCUCAGAAACGGGGGAAGCGGAUCGGAGGGGGGGGCUCGUCGUCUCCGAGCGGCGGGUCCGGAUCCGGGGGCUCGUCGGGCGAGCGGAGGUGGCCCAACUCGGACGACAUGGACGGAGUGUCCAGUGGAAACGAUUCCGGGGAGAACGGGUCCAGAGGACGCCAGUCGACCCGGAGCUCCCACAGCUCGUCCAACGGGAAGGAAUCAGGAAUGAUGUUGGAGACGACAGAGAGCAACAAGAGCUCCAACUCUCAGAGUCUGUCGCCCCCCAGCGGUUCGUUGCGUACCAGCCGCUGUCCGCCGGCUUCCGAACACGACCCCCCCUCCACGUCCGGUCUGCAGCAGCGACCAGAGUCGGCCAUACUCCAGACCCAGAAGGAGCUCAUGAGGCCAUUCAAGGAGCUGAGCUCCGCCUUCGCCGAGCGCAAGUCCAAGGGCCACUCCAGCACCCUGAACGCCCUGAAGUACGCCCUGCAGUGUGUCCGCCAGGUCCGAGCUAAUAAAGAAUACUACCACCAGUGGAGUGUGGAGGAGUGUCACGGCUGCAGCCUGGACCUGUCCACCUUCACCAUCGAAGAGCUGGACAACAUCACCUCUGAGUACACCCUGAAGAACACGGACACAUUCUCCAUGGCCGUGUCCUUCUUGUCGGGGAAGGUGGUAUACGUGUCCCCCCAGGGGUCGUCCCUCCUGCGCUGUAAACCCGAGUGUCUCCAGGGGACCAUGUUCUCAGAGCUUCUGGCACCGCAGGACGUCAGCACCUUCUACAGCAGCACCGCCCCCUGCCGCCUGCCGCUGUGGGCGUCCUGCAUCGGCUCAGCGUCUCCUCCGGUCGACUGCACACAGGAGAAGUCCAUGUUCUGUCGGAUCAACGCCGACCGCUCGCAGGGCGGUGAGAUCCGCUACUACCCGUUCCGCCUGACGCCCUACCAGCUCACCCUCCGGGACUCGGACGCCGCUGAGCCUCAGCCCUGCUGCCUGCUCAUCGCAGAGAGGGUCCACUCUGGAUACGAGGCUCCUCGGAUCCCCCCAGACAAGAGGAUCUUCACCACCAGUCACACUCCCAGCUGCCUCUUCCAGGAGGUCGACGAGAGGGCCGUACCGCUGUUGGGGUACCUGCCCCAGGACCUGGUGGGAACCCCCAUCCUGCUGUGCAUCCACCCUGAGGACAGACCGAUGAUGGUGGCCAUACAUGAGAAGAUUUUCCAGUUUGCCGGGCAGCCGUUCGACUAUUCUCCUCUGAGGAUGUGCGCUCGGAGCGGCGAGUACCUGACCAUCGACACCAGCUGGUCGUCCUUCGUCAACCCCUGGAGCCGGAAGGUGGCGUUCAUCGUGGGACGCCACAAAGUCCGAACGAGUCCUCUGAACGAAGAUGUGUUCACGAUGCCUCGGGCCUGUGAGAACCAGACCACCACCCCGGACAUCGUCCAGCUGAGCGAGCAGAUCCACCGCCUCCUGGUCCAGCCGGUCCACAGCGGCGGUUCUCAGGGCUACAGCUCCCUGGGCUCCAGCGGGUCCCGAGGCUCCCGCCGCUCGCACCAGCAGCACCUCAGCGCCUCGGCCACGUCGUCCAGCGACAGCAACGGGCCGGCCACGGAGGAUGCCACCGCCGCCAUCGCACUGCACAAACCGAUGACCUUCCAGCAGAUCUGCAAAGACGUUCACAUGGUCAAAACUAACGGGCAGCAGGUGUUCAUCGAGUCCCGCAACCGACCGCCGCCCAGAAAAACCACCAGUACAGGUGUGGCCAGCGGCCUCAGAGCCAUCAGCAGCAGCGACCCCAUCCGAGGCCUGAUCGCCGACAUGACCAAACCCCCCAAAGCUCUGGUGCCGGCCCCCCUGGUGCAGAAGGAGCCUCCUGGGUACUCGUACCAGCAGAUCAACUGUCUGGACAGCAUCAUCAGGUACUUGGAGAGCUGUAACAUUCCCAACACGGUGAAAAGGAAGUGUGGCUCCUCCUCCUGCACCGCCUCAUCCACGUCUGAUGAUGACAAACAGCAGGAGGCCAGCGGCAGCAACAAAGGCGGGUCUGUGGGUCCGCCGCUGCCGCCGCUGACCAUGGCCACCAAGGCGGAGAGCGUCGCCUCGGUAACGUCGCAGUGCAGCUUCAGCAGCACCAUCGUCCACGUGGGAGACAAGAAGCCUCCAGAGUCAGACAUCGUCAUGGAGGAGGCUCCGACGACACCCACACUGGCUCCUCCCACCACCACGCCAACUCCACCUCCAGGUAACGCAGCCAUCACUCCUCCACCGCCACCUCCCCCACCGCCACCACCGCCCCUCCCUCAGGCCUCCCAGUCGGAGAGGGACGGUCGGAGAGGAGGAGGAGCAGGAGGACCAGGGGGAGGAGGAGGGGGUGGGCGUCUGGGUCUGACCAAGGAGGUGCUGUCGGCUCAUACGCAGCAGGAGGAGCAGGCGUUCCUCGACCGCUUCAAGGACCUCAGUAAACUGCGGGUGUUCGACCAGACGGCGUCCUCCACCGUCCGCUGUCACACGCCCACCGCCAACCCUCUGUCCAAAGGCGUCCGUUGUUCCCGUGACUACCCGGCCGCUGGCGGCAGCACUGGCCACAGACGAGGUCGCGGAGGGAAGAGGUUGAAACACCAGGAGUCGUCGGACCACCACAGCUCCCUGGGGAGCCGCCGGGACCCCAGGACCAGCACUGCCCCCAUGGCCCUCAACAUGCCCCUGGGCCCGCCCACAAACUCCACGUCGUGGCCUUCGGUGGGCUCCCAGACCAGCCUGCCCUCGGGCCCCUUUGGCCCCGGGAUGCUUCCGGUCUACCCCAUCUACCCCCCGCUCACGCAGCCCUUAGCCGUCCCAGAUCCGACCCGGUUCCCUCCUGCUCAGAUGGUCCCUCCCAUGAUGGCCCUGGUCCUGCCCAACUACAUGUUCCCCCAGAUGGGGGCGCCGGUCUCCCAGCCCGGCCCCGCCUCCGGACACUUCUAUAACGCCGGCUUCGGGUAUCCCGCCAUGACGCCGGCCGUCGUCUCUGGCCUGGCGUCCAACCCGGUGCCCAUUCCAGGCACCGGCGCCCCCUCCCGCAGCAGCACCCCCCAGUCCUACAGCCAGGCCCCCGCCGACCGCGAAGGGGCGGAGUCUCCUCUGUUCCAGUCCCGCUGCUCCUCCCCCCUUAACCUUCUGCAGCUGGAGGAGUCACCCAGCAACCGCCUGGAGGUUGCCACAGUUCUGGCCGCGUCCCAACAGGCCACGCCCUCUGCACAAGGCGGCGCAACUGGAGGACAGAGUUCAACCAAUCAGAGGAGCUCUGACGGCACCUCCAAAGAGACUGAAAACGGUGAAGCCAAUGAGUCCAACCAUGAUGCCAUGUCCACCUCCAGUGACCUCCUGGACCUGCUGCUGCAGGAGGACUCCCGCUCUGGCACCGGAUCGGCCGCUUCAGGAUCGGGGUCCUCAGGAACCAGGUCUUCAGGUUCUGGGUCCGGAUCCAACGGCUGCAGCUCCUCUGGCACCAGUGGCACCAGCAGCAGUCAGGGCAGCCACACCAGCAAAUACUUUGGAAGCAUCGACUCGUCGGAGAACGACCACUCCCGGAAACAGCCAGCAGGGGGCGGCGGCAGCAGCACCGGGGACGGAGGAGAGGAGCAGUUCAUCAAGUGUGUCCUGCAGGACCCCAUCUGGCUCCUGAUGGCCAACACCGACGACAAGGUCAUGAUGACCUACCAGCUGCCCAUCAGGGACAUGGAGACAGUUCUACGUGAGGACCGCGAGGCUCUGAGGAACAUGCAGAAACACCAGCCACGCUUCACCGAGGAGCAGAAGAGGGAACUGAGCCAAGUCCAUCCCUGGAUCCGGACCGGACGCCUGCCCCGGGCCAUCAACAUCUCUGGCUGUACAGGAUGCAAGUCCCCCCCCUCGGUGCCUCCCGCGGCCCCGUUCGACGUGGAGAUCCACGAGAUGGAACUGUGUGGCGUCCUCAAGACAGAAGAACACAAUGCCGACCAGGCCAAGAAAAACGAGUGUGAAACGGCCAUGGAUGACGGCCACGGCGAGGAAGAAGAGGAGGAGGAAGAGGAGGAGGAGGAAGACAAAGGGAGCAAAUCACAGGGAGGUAACGGAGACGUGAGGGCAGCGGCGGUGGAGCAGGACGACGCCUCAGAGGCUGUGGGAGGAAUAGCCCCGGGGUCCGACAUGACUCACUGAAGUGAACUGUGAUGGAAAUGAAGCACCUUCCACAGGACAGGACAGGACGGCUGUGGACAGACGGACUGGGUCUGCGUGGACACGUGUCCGUUCAGCCGGGACACCUGUCUGUUACUGUUGGACCAAGGACGGAGAACCAAAGGCCUUGGAAACCACAGAACCUGCACACGUGGUUUCAGAGCCAGUCUGCUCCUGGACUCUCCUCGUAGGUCUGGGCGUAUUUAUUUAAAGUGUACGAUAAUCAGAGAGGACGAAGGUGAAUGUGUUUUACGGACAGACAGACGGCAUCCUCUUCAUCAGCCGUUCGACUCAUGACAGAUGAAGGCCGUCGGACGCUGAGCUCUGGGAUGUUCCCGCUCUCAUUGAAUGUUUCCCAGCUCGUCUGGGAUUUGGUUCCGCUUGGGUUCUAUCUUUUAUAUGUCAACACGUUGCCCCACAUUAAAAAAACAACAACAGAUGAAAUGUACAGUGAGAACCUGUCUGACUUUAUUUUGUAACGUUGUCUAUGUAUAUUUUUAUACUUUCAUCCCCACAAAUACAGAUGAGCAAUUCCUAACACUGUCUCUACUGAAAAAUGUGUCAAUCUGGUGUUAAAAUAUUCAGGAGUUUAAGCAGUUUACGCGCAACAGAGACUUUUCUCUGUGUUUGUGCUUAUCGUUUACACGGCAACGAUGGCCACGCCCACUGAAAACGAUAGUGUUUCUAAAGUGAACAUUUUGGCAAAUCUGUGUUUUUGCGUCUGUGUGUAAACCGAAGGAAACUGAGAUCUCACACGGACGUCAGUUUUCGACGAAAAUACAUUUGCGUUAUAUGUGCGAAGUAUCGGAAGUACCAUUUUGUUGUGAUUGUUUUGAGGAUUCUGAUUGGCUAAUGCUACUGGAUGGUCUCACCACACUGCCAUCUACAGGCUCCUGACAGUGUAGCUAUACGGGGCCGAGAUUUUUCUGAAAAUGGUCACAUGUGCACUAGUUUGUUUUUUUUUUUGUUUUUUUUAAACUGAGAGGGGGAAAUAUCUGUUUUCCUAAAUACCCGACAUAGUGUAAAUGUAGCCGUAGUUUGAGGACCAUUGGUGACUGGAAAUAUUAGUUUCUGCAGCAGUGGUGAGUUCUGUCCAAUAAUUAAAAGUCCACAUUAACUGGCUGAUGUCAUCCUAGUAAAUGUUGCUCUGAAUUAGCAGACAUAGCUAGUGAUUUAGCUGAAAAUAAAGUCAAAGAGUUUUAAACAGAGGACUGAAACUAAUCAAAUGGUUGCAGCUGAUUGAAAACGUCAGGUUUCAGUUCUGUGUUUGUACCAGAGAGAGGAGGAAGUAUUAAAGUACUGACAGGAAAAAAACAACACAACAACUUUUACCAAAUAGUUUGAGUUCUAUUACACCCACAAAGGAAGAUUAAAACAUUAUGUAAUGACAUAGUGUCCAAGGAAAGGUUACCUGAAACAAAGUCAUGACCUAGAACAGUCCAUGAAUCACAACUAACAUUAGCUAAAACCAAUGGAACAUAUCCAGUGUACGGCGCAUUACAGGUGCGUGUUAUCGCAGAAUACAUGCGAACUUCUGAGCAUAAUUGAGAGCAGCGGAAAGUGGUUCCCUAAAACAACAAGUAUGUAACUCAAAUGUAUGUUGAGCUUCUCAAAACAUGAGAAAUGAAUGAAGUUGCACAGAAAGUGAUGAUCUAGAAAUAAAAUAAGACAAGACCAAGUAUGAAUACAGCCAAAACCACAAUGAGACUGUGGAAGUCCACUCCUGAGGAAGAUCUGUUUUAAGAUUCUCCAGAUUAGCUGCACCAUGUCAAAGAGGGAAAUUUGGUCAAACUGUGUAUAGAACUUAAAAGAAAAUAAUGAUGGGACAUGUUAGGUGAUGUUAGCUACAUGCUAGCAAACUGUGUAUUUAGCUAAAGCGCUUACAAACACCUGGUUAAAUCCACCUACUGUCACAAUGCUUUGUCUUCAUUUACAUAAAAACAUAUUUGACACAGAGAACAUCUUUGUGCACAUGUUGACGUUGUCACUGAGCAUCUGCAUCCCAGAUAUUUUCCAUCUGAAUGGUUGUUUGGGUCUUUUAUAGGCACCAUUUCUUGUUGUAACACUUUAUAAGAACCCUGUUCAGUUACAUUUCAGUAACUGAAGGAGCUGACACAAAAACCCAACAGGACAAAUUGACUUACUGUGAUUUAUUGAUGGUAGAACUUCUGUCUGGACUCUGACAUGCUUUGGGAUUUAUCUGCAAAAAAAACAACAUAAAAGUAAAAACAUAAGAAAAGUGGGGGUUAGCUUUAGCAGUGUUUUCAGCUAGCUCUGCACAAAUUAUGACCAAUGACAGAAAAUCCAAACUGAUUUGUUACUUAAACACAGAUCUUCAUCCAAAUGGACAUGGUUAAGGAUGGAGUUUAAUACAAAACAAGUGAUUUACCAAAUGAAAAAUGUUUCCUUUAAUUCUAACACAACGCGUGCAAUUGGAGUUUGUGUUCCAAAAGAUGACCAAUGAAAUCAUCAAAAUAUGUCUGUAUAAAAUUACAUAAAACUGAAACGUUUUGAGAAUGGGAAAAAAACAUGCUGACGGUGAUUGAACCUUUUAUUGCGACAAAAAACACUAAUCUCUAGAGGAUAUUAUCAUGAUAUAAAAAUUGCGUGAAAUGAAAGUCUUUUUCGUAGUGAAGCGAGUGUCGGUCGAACACAGAGGUCUAUUUCCCGUCACCGUAGCGUCCUGAAAACUGCUUAAACUCCAGGCUGUGACUCAGAAAAACUGACGCGAUCCCACUUUCUGAAGAAGACUGUGUUUGUGUAGAUGCUUUACGAAGAUGUACAGUGAAUGGCGGUGGGCGCUAUGGCAAGAGCCGGGACGCCGACCCGGACGUGGGCGGUUCCUCUUUGGCCGGGCAUUAGUUCGUGCAUUAUAGGCUUCAGAAAUGAACAAUGUCUCUGUGAGAAAUGAACAGUAUUUACGAAGCUGCCGGCGCCGGAAGGAGCUUGAAGGCCUCGGACGGUAGCGCCGAGGCGGACCUUAAGUUCGGAGGGUUUGGAGAGCGUUUACUAUCUCCUCUUUUUCCUCGCUCUGUCUCUUUCCUCUCUGUGGCGCUGUUCUGGUCAUGUGAUCUAAGCUUUAUGGCGUCAGUGGUGUCUGCGACAGUUUCUUAAUAUUUUUGUGAAAUUCUUUGUACAAAAAAAAAAAACACAAUAAAAACGUCUGGAAAGACCUUCA